AGUCUGGAGCUGGUUCUUCUUCGUCACGGACGGACUCGCAUCACCAUGGCGCCGCUGUCCCUCCAGUCCGGGGUGAGGUACGCCAGAGCUCUGCUGCCGGAGACUCUGCUGAGGUCGGUGUCAUCAGUCCAGACCACCAUCUCUCGGCACAUCCUGUCCCCGGCUCAGCCUCGCUGCUUCACGGUCUGCACCCAGAGCCGGAGGCGGCGGCGGAGCUUGGUGGCCUCCUCUGUGGACGAGCUGCUGGAGCAGGUUGCCACGGUGUUUGUGUUGUCCUGCCACUUUCUGACCCUGGUCCUGGAGGAGGACGGGACGGUGGUGGACUCGGAGGACUUCUUCCGGUCUCUGCCCAGCAACACGCCGCUGAUGGUGCUGGAGAAAGGAGAGAUGUGGACGCAGAACAAGAUCUUACCAAGUUUCCGUCAGCCGAAGAGGAAUGGGAUUGCUAAACUGACCUUUGACCUCUACAAGCUGCACCCUAAAGACUUCCUGUGCUGCUUCGGCAUCAAGGCCACUGUGUAUGAGAUGUACACGCUGUCCUACGACUUCAGGUGCACCACAGUGAAACAGGUGCUCAGGUUGGUGCUGCGCUGCUUCACCUACCUGACCAGACUGGCAGGUCAGCUGCUGCUCUGCACAUCCUCCUCCUUACUGCAGUUCACCGGAGACGACGACUGCUAGUGUGUGUGUUCAUUUAACAGCUCACACACUCCGUUUUGCCAAGAUGCGGCUGAUGAAUCCGCUCCAUCAGACUGAAAUGGUUUUAUUUAAAUUGAAUCUGGUUUUAACCGUCUGAAUGUCUGUAGUUUCUGUGUUUAGACGUUUUAUCUUUGUAAAGCUGUAAAAUAGAUGAAAAAUGUU